AUGAUGGUGCGGCGAGCUUCAAUGAUGGACCGCACGCUGGUGCUUGCAUUGUGGAUUACCGCCCUUGUCGCUGCGCCCCUCGCGAUGGUCGACGCGGUGACCCUCGACCCGACGCAAGCUCUGGUCCUGCAGGACUCGGCGUGGGGGAAGACCUUUGCUGGUUGGACCGACGCCAAUCCCGACUGCAGCACCACUACUGGCGUCACCUGCGACGGCAGCGGGAUGAUAACAAAACUUGAAAUCGCAUACACUCCGAUCACAGGCAGCAUCCCUGCUAGCAUCAGUGAUCUGAGAAAACUGCAAGUCUUACGACUACCACGCGCCCAGGUCACAGGAUCCGUGCCUGAUGGGAUUACCCUUCUCACUGACCUGAUACAUCUGAAUCUUUAUGGCAAUCAACUGACCGGAUCACUCCCUGAAGGAUUUGGCUCUCUUUCGAAUUUGAGACAGCUGUAUAUUUACACGAAUAAUUUUACUGGGCCCAUCCCCUCUACAAUCGGCUUACUUCGAUAUCUCGAUGCCCUAUAUUUGACAGAGACUCAGCUUAGCGGCCCGAUUCCAGACUCUAUUGGCUGGCUUCAAGGCGUGACCACAAUGGUUCUCGCUUCUAACAAGCUCUCUGGUUCAAUACCUGCAACGAUCACCAACAUGACAAGCCUUUACAACCUGUAUCUGAACGACAAUCAGCUCAAUGGCUCCAUCCCUAUCGAAUUAUUUACGCACCCAAGAUUGAUGUCCUUAAACAUUGAAAAGAAUCAACUUAGUGGUUCAAUUCCCACUCCGGUUCCACCUUAUGGGAUUUUACGGCAUCUAUCGUUCGGUCAAAACCAGCUCACGGGAUCAAUUCCUGCAAAGUUUGCCAUACUUACAACAAUAAAUACUCUUGAUUUAUCAUUCAACCAGCUCUCAGGCAGCAUCCCUGCUGAUUUAAGUGCCCUCGGGAAUCUGUGGUCGCUGGAUCUUAGUCACAAUCAGCUCACCGACACAAUCCCUGCUGCAUUAAGCACGCUCAGAAACCUUGACCAUCUUAUCCUCUCAAACAACCAGCUCUCAAGCAGCAUUCCCACUGAAUUCACUGCGCUCCUGCUGCAGAGAGUGUACCUGGCAGGUAAUCAGCUCACUGGCUCCUUUGAUGUAUUUACAGGCUAUGGGUCUUACGUAAGGGAGAUAGAUCUUUCAAACAACCUGCUCUCAGGCAGCAUCCCUGCUGGCCUCAGUGAUCUGUAUCUUCUGGAGAACUUAGAUCUUUCUUCCAACCAGUUUGAAGGCAGCAUCCCUGCCAGCAUCAGUGAAAUUAUCAGUCUGACCACCUUGUCUUUACACAACAACCGCUUUAUUGACACAAUCCCAUCCACUUUCAGCGCCCUUACAGACCUGAACUCCCUGAACUUGGCCAGCAAUGCGUUGUCAGACUCCAUUCCAUCUGAGCUCAGUACCUUAACCAAGCUCACCUACCUGGAUCUGAGGCAGAACCAGCUGACGGGGACUUUCCCAGAAAGCCUCUCCACACUGACGAAUCUCCAGGAGCUGUGGCUUGAAAAGAACCAGCUCACUCAAUCACUUCCGUCUGCAAUCGGCAACCUUGCCAAUCUUAGAAAUAUAUCGCUGGCCAACAAUAAUCUCUAUGGACGCAUCCCAGACUCAGUCACCUCGCUCACAAAACUCAUCACUUACGACCUCUCUCACAACUACUUCACAGGCGGCCUUGUGAAGCCAGCUAACGUGCUGGCUGUGCUUUCAUACAACUACCUCUCGGGCACUCUGCCUGCAAAGCCAACCGACCUUCUCGACUCCAAUUGCUUCAAACUGGCCGCAGGAGAAACUGAGCCGGUGCAACGCACACAGUCAGUGUGCCGUGCGUUUUGCGGCAUCUCUAUGGGUUCUGCCGCAGGGGGUUGCAGCGGCCAUGGCGUGCUGUGCUACCCCGACGGGCCUAACUUGGUGCCUACCUGCGUGUGUGAAGCAGGGUUCUACACGUUCCGAAGAACGUAUUGUCUCGCGGCAGAAUCGGUUCUUGCUGCUCCACUUGAAAAGGCGAUUCUCCCACCGUCAACGGUGCUGACGGCAGGACUGAAAGCAGAAGCCAAAGGACUGUUCACAGCAGCGCGAGUGCCCUUGUUUGUGUACCAGAAUGGACAGCAGGACCCAGGCUGUGGGUUCGAGCUGGCCUUCAGUGUCAACUUCACCUUCGUCCUCUCGCCCAAAGCCAAGGCCGCUUCUAAUGGGUUUGCCUUUGUCGUUUCAACGACCAACACAGUGGGGACCAACGCUGGAGUGGGGUUCGGUGGGAUGGACAACCGAAGCAUGGCGAUCGAGUUUGACGUGCUUCAGAACAAGCCACACAACGACAUGAAGGACCCGCACGUGGGACUGAAUAUCAACGGCCAGGACACAUCAAUCGCUGCUGUGAAGUCCCCGUUCCUACUGACCAACAAGAAGCCAUACACGGCAUGGGUGGACUAUGUUCCAGGAGACCCCGGCACCAUCCAGGUGUUCCUGGCAACGACAGCAGUGAAACCAGUAAAGCCGCUGCUGGACAGGCGCCUGUCUCUGUGUGCUGUGCUGCAGCCGGGGCCGCCGCAGGGGGAGGGGAUGCCAGAGCAGCCGCGGGCGUUCUACUUUGGCUUCGUGGCGUCCACCACUGUGAAGCCGUUCAUGAUUCAAGCCAUUACAAGCUCUUACCUUCGCACAGAUGCGCCUCCUGCAAGGGGUCCAGUCAACAUCACCCCAGCCUACGGUUUAGACGUAUCACUGAACACGUAUGUGCCCACAAGAGCGAGCCCCUUCCCGCGCUAUGUGAGUGCGGACUACCGAGUGUCGGCCGGGCAGAAGGACUCGUGGGUCUUCAGGGACCUCCACUCCUGGGACGCCGUGCCCUUCCUCGGCUGGCCCGUCAAGGACCAGAAAGAUUGCAAUGCAUGCUGGGCGUACGCAGUGGUGUCGAGCAUAGAAGCAGCAUACGGCAUCGCAACGAACCAAGAGGCGCCAGUGAUAUCAGUGGAUUCACUCUUCACAGCCAUGAAUCUUACCACCCAGGCAGCCAAGUGCACCGCUGGUGGCUCCCCCACUGAAGCCUUUGAGAAGCUAAUGGCGCUGCCUGCAGGGGCCAUCACCAUGGAAGGCAAUAAGAAAAUCACGUUUCCAGUCCAGGGUUUUGAGCGCACUGCCUUCAAGGGGUAUGUGGGGCUCAUGCUGGCAGUGCAGCGGCAGCCAGUGGUGGUUCACGUUGAAGCGUUGGCUGCUUCAUUCGCCAAAUACGAUGGGACCUUCAAGUACCAAGAUCCUGCCUGCUAUACCGGCAACCUUAAUCACGUUGUACUCGUUAUUGGCUACCUCGUGUUGAGGAAUGACGGUAGCGAGAACCGCAUUGCGCCUCCGUUUUGGAUCAUCCGCAACUCGUGGGGCGAGGCGUGGGGAGACAGAGGCCACAUGCGCAUGGACAUGCAGGGAGGGGAUGGCGUGUGUGGCAUCAACGUGCUGCCUGGCAUCUACCCCAUUGUCAAGAUUCCAGGGGACCCAUGUGGCUUCAAUAGCUACAAGGGUGAUGGAGACCUGCAGCCCAGCAUGAACCCGUGUGGUCGCUUCACCUGCACACCCUUCCCCAAGACCAACAACAACACCUGCGCCUGCACCCUUCCCGCCCCUCAGACCAAGCAACCCUUUGUUGAGGCUGCGAAUGGCUAUGGAAACACUUGUGUCUAUGUGGACGUGUGUGGGUCGUACUUCAAGAACCCCUGCGCCGUGGGCACAUGCAUCAACGAUGGCAAGGGCUCCUACUCCUGCAUCUGCCCACUCAACUACGUCAACAGCACAACCAUCGACAAGUUCCCCACCUGCGACCCAGCCAACACCACCGCCAUCAACUUGGUUGUGACAGGAGACAACUGGUUGUGCUCCGACAUCUACCCUCUCGUGGGCCUCACCCUAUCGCAGUUCACAACGCAGAACCCAACUGUCGUGUGCACCAAAGCCUUGCCAAAAGGCAGAAGGCUUCGGUUCGUCGAUACUCCUGCCAUCCCCUGCACCGCCUACUUCUACACUCUCAGCGGUGACACGUGUCUUUCCAUUGCCAAAUCGCUUCGCACUUCCGUGAAUGAUCUCAUGAAUCUCAACCCUGGCCUUGACUGCACGCAAACCAUCAAGGCCGGCCGCUCUAUCUGUGUGGAGCGCAAUGACACAUACGCCUACACCGUGCCUGAGUGUGUGAAGUACACCAUUCUCACAGCAGACGACACGUGCGAGAAAAUGCUGCAGGGGCAAGGAUUGCAGAACGAUCCGUCCGUCUGGGCUGAGCUUUACCGCAACAAUCCCGGCCUUCUCUGCUCCAACGUCGUCCCUUCUUCUGCUUCGGCUGUUGGCAGCAAUGCUGGCGUGGAGGUGUGCCUGAAAGCGGAAUAUUGGCCGUUUGAACUCGGCAAAUGCACCAAGGGCCGACCCAAGAAUGUGUCGCCAUCGCUGUCCUGUUCCGCUGUUUACAGCUACUAUGGCGGCACUAUGACCCAAGCAGCUGCAGAUUUUAACACCUAUAAUGGCAAUGCCUGUGCCAAGAAUGUUGGGGCAAAAUUUAUAUGCGUGCCACGAUAG